AUGUUUAUUCUGCGAGAUCGUCGUGACUUGAUAACGCGCAAUCGUGUUGGGGAAUUUCAAGCAUUCAUAUUCGAUUUGUGGACUCAUUUCUCCGGGAUUGCUUCAUUCGGAACUAUGCUAAGGGUUUACCUUUCUUUGGAAGACAUUCGUGACAAGAUAAUGCUCACAUAUUGUUUGGCCUUCUAUGCCAUUACUGUUUAUUCCCGCAUUGCUAUUUUCGAAAUUGGUGUAAAAAUCGGUCGUUUCGAUCUUCAACAUCAUAAGAAACUGAUAAUUGCAUCUACCUUAUUCCAUAUAGCUAUUACUGUAGCUACAGUAAGGUCAACUAUAAUAGAGCCAGAUACCAACAAAAUAUUGGAAAUGCUAUGGAGCCAACUGGGAUUAGGGAUUAUUUCUGGAGUCAGUACGACCGAACUUUUGGUUGUGUUGACUGGUGGAUUCCGGAGUCUUGAGAGCAACUUACGAGAAUUGAACACAGAAAGAACUGAUAGUGAUCCAAUAAUCGAGUGCAACAUCUGUUUCAUGGAAUUCUCCGCCUCCAGAAUACCCAGAAUUCUGAAAAACUGUGGACACACGAUUUGUGAGUGUUGUGCCGAUAUACUGCUAAGACAGAGAUAUAAUCUUAGAAUUGCAUGUCCAAUGUGCCAAACUGUAACAGAGCAUUAUGUAAUGCUAAAACCCUUCUGCCACUCCACCAUACCGGUGCUCCUAGCCGCCAUCGCUACCGUAACCCUCUACAGUAUUGCUCUGCUUACUGUGGACAACUCGGAUUUGCCUAAUCUCUGCUGGGUUAUCAUAGGAUGCGCGGUGUUUUAUAAGAGUUUGGAGAUGGUGAAGAAUCGGAUGACAUGCCAAAACAAUAUGAUGCUAGUUGGGUUCAGUGGAAUCCUAAUUAGCACGUUAAUUGCAAGGAUUGCAGUUUUUUGGAGUGUAAAUUAUAAAUUGAUCGCCUUCUACACUAGCACUGCAUCAAUCAUCUCCUUCUACACCAUACUCAUUUUUCAAUACCACAAAACCAUGCAACCCUUGAAGCUGUCCAACCAGAAAACAUUCGCAAAAAUAGUGAUCGGAAACAUUUUGCUUAUUGUGAUUUCCUGCCUGCUAACACAUAAUUAUGCCAUUAUUUUUAAUUGCGGAUUCGGCUUAAUUGGUGCUGCUAGCAUGAUAGACUUAGUGGCAGUCUGGGUAGAUGGCUGUGCUCUGAGAGCAAGACACGCUGAAACCGCUAAAAAAGAAUUUGAUCUACAAAAAAUGGAUGUUCACUCCUGGAACGAUGUUACCAUGUAUUGCUUUGCAGUUUUACUUGGAUUCUUAUCAAUUUUUGGAUUGUUGGGACUAAUUUUUAGUGAAAACUUUGCUCUUUCCACUGCUUACCAUAUUGCUGGUAUCUCCGCUGUCGUUACAGUAACCCUCGUCGCCAUGAAGUAUAUUUUGGACUUUUUCAAUCGAUAUUUUGAAAUGGAUCAAGUGAAACGCUGGCGGAAUAAUAUGGUGGUCGGGUUCGCAGGAAUUGUGAUAUGUGGAGUUGCGCCGAGGAUUGUGGUGUAUAGCUUUGGGAUUAGAGAAAAGAUUCUUCCCUUCCUUCUUUCUAUCCCCAUCUACUCUUCCAUUCUUUUCUACUACCUCUUUGUCUACGGAUACCGUCAACACUGUUUCAUCAACCACCAAAACCAAAAUUUCCCCAAAAUUUGGUUUCCAAUUGUCAAUUUUACAAUUUCAGUGGUUUUGGCUAGAAUGGGGAUUCAGACUGAUCUCGAAUCUAUGAUCUAUAUUCAAGCUCUAUUUUUUGUGCUCUCCGUUUUCAGUGGCGUUGAUUUAGUUAUUAUUUUGAAUGGGGGAUUGAGAUCAAUUCAUGAGGAAAUGGAAGUAGAGGAUUCAGAAGAUGAGGAGAAGUCAACGGAGGAAUUGAAGCCAAAAAUGAGGAUUUAUCCAACUUUAUUCCCAAAAAUCAAAUCUAAUCGUGGAAUCGAAAAAUUUACGAUGCAGCGGAAGAAAAUUCCUGAGACGACCGUAACCACCGGGACCACCACGACCGUAUCCAAAUCGAUGACGCCGACUGCUCCAUCGACUACACAAACUACACAAACUACAAAUACUACAACUACUACAAAAAAGGAGACACCAAAAACCGAUGCGAACGAUAAUGAAAGAGAUAAUGAGGCGAACUUCCGACCGGACCAAUUUGUGAACGAGAAGAAAACGGAUAGAGGGCGGAAGGCUUAUAAAAAUUAUGUGGAAAUGGAGAAUACCAAUCGGCAGGCUUUUAAAGGGAUCGAAUCCUUAUUGAGCUCUCUCGGACAAGCUGUCGGACUUGGAAACAUUUGGAGAUUCCCACAAAUGGCUUAUCGAAAUGGUGGCGUCGCGUUCCUCAUCUCCUACAUCGUGUGUGCAUUCAUAUUUGCGAUUCCGGCGAUACAUAUGGAAUUCGUGUUGGGACAGUACGCGGCGAAGAGUCCACCGGCGGUUUUCAGAAGGAUUAUGCCGGUGCUGGAAGUAUGGUCAUGCUUCACAAUUUUAUUUUUUGCGGUGAUUGAUGAAAUUUUUAAUGCGAAGUAUCGGCAGUGUAAUCGCAUUGGACAGUUCCAGGAGUUCGAAUUCGAUUCGUUGUGUUAUUUUAUGGCGAUAGCUUUAUCAGGAACUAUUCUAAGGGUUACGUUUAUUUUUAAAGGUUUUAGUGAUACGAUAAUGCUUAGAUAUUGUUGGAUUUUCUAUCUCAUUAGUGUUUGCUCUCGCAUUGCUAUUCACGUCGUUGGUGCAAAAAUCGGUCGUUUCGAUCUCCAACAUCAUAAAAAACUGAUAAUUGCAUCUACCGUAUUCCAUGUAGCUAUUACUCUAGCUACACUAAGGACCACACUUAUAGAGGCAGAAGAUAUCACAAGAAUAUUGGAAAUGUUAUGGAGCCAACUGGGAUUAGGGAUUGUUUCUGGAAUUAGUACGACCGAACUUUUGGUUGUGUUGACUGGUGGAUUCCGGAGUCUUGAGAGCGACUUACGGGAAUUGAACACAGAAAGAACUGAUAGUGAUUCAAUCAUUGAAUGCAACAUCUGUCUUGUGGAAUUCUCCCCCUCCAGAAUGCCCAGAAUCCUGAAAAAGUGUGGACACACAAUCUGCGAGUACUGUGCGGAUAGAAUACUAAGGAACGGAAAAAUAGCAUGUCCAAUGUGUCAAACUGAGACUGUGGUUGAUGGGAGUGCUUCAAAACUUUCUACCAACCUAGAUGUGCUGGAAUUUGUGGAAGGGAUCAAGAUGGAAUUAUAA